UCGGCCAUAUUGAUUACUGAGAUGUAGCAGCAGAUUGCAGUCUCGUUGUCAUCCGAGAAUCUACGAGACCUCCUUCAGCAAGCUUUCGAUACACCAUAAAUUCGCUCUUCCAGUAAUUUGAUUAUACGAUAUGGAGGACCAACUGGCGGAGUCGCAGAUUGAAGAGUUGAGGAAGCUAUUUAGAAAGUUUGACAGAGAUGGGGGCGGCAAAAUUACUGUGUCCGAGUUGGGGUCAGCGUUGUCGUCACUUGGUCACGACAUGACACGGGAGCAGGUGGAGGAAAUCAUCAACCAGUUUGACAAAGACGGAAGCAAGACAAUGGACUUCCAGGAAUUUCAGCAAAUGAUGCUCAAAAAAGUUAACAACGCUAAACGUUCUGAAGACAUCAAAGCCGACUUCAAAAAGUACGACUUGAACGGCGACGGCUUCAUCAGCCCCAACGAGUUGAGGGACGUCAUCAAAGUCCGCGGGGAACCUCUCUCUAACGCCGAGGUGGACACCAUGAUGCAGGUGGUCGACCUCAACAAUGACGGGAAGGUUAAUUAUGAAGAAUUCGUGAAGGUGAUGGUUGCCUAGAGCCCGGCAAACAACUUUGACAAUCAGAAGUCAUCGGCAGUUUCCGUCACCGCGAACUUAAAUAUGUUCCCGAUUUGAACGUUAUGAAUGAAUCACAACUGUUUUUAUAUGAUCCUGCAUUGUGUUCCUCAUUAAUGUGUUUUGUGUACAGUGAUGAAUGUCUAAAUGGCAGCACACGUGUCUGGGUCGCAUAUCAUAAUUACAACACCAGCUAGUAUUAAGUCAAGGAGAGAUAAUGCUAUUGACAUAUGUACAUUGCAUAUCAUGCGUUUGGUAUGCCAUGGAGUAAUGGCAAUCCUUAGUUGUCUAUGUCACAGCUGAUUUCCCGAUCAGUUAAGUUUUGUUUGUUUUAUGUUUAUUUCUUAAAGCCAUUGAAAAGUCUCUUGUAAGGAGUCAUUGCUUUCGUAAUAUCAUAGCAUCUACGUAGAAAUCAGUUGGGUUGUUUUUUUGUUUUUUUAUUGUUUAAAGCCAUUGAAAAGUCUCUUGUAAGGAGGCAUUGCUUUCGUAAUAUCAAAGCAUUUACGUAGAAAUCAGUUGGGUUGUUUUUUUGUUUUUUUAUUGUUUAAAGCCAUUGAAAAGACUCUUGUAAGGAGGCAUUGCUUUCGCAAUAUCAAAGCAUCUACGUAGAAAUCAGUUGUUGUUUUUCUUUUGUUUAUAUUUUUUAAAACCAUUGAAACGUCUCUUGUAAUUGUCACUGCUUUCGCAAUAUCAAAGCCUCAACGUAGAGAGCCCCCGAGGCUUGUAUUCACCAGCAGUAACUAGCCACUCAAUUAUUAACAACGUGACCGCGUGAUCGAACCAUUUUAAAGACUUGUCAGAAUGUGUUUGUUUUCACAGAAUUCUAAACGCGUGUGCAACAUCACAUGAUGUCUCUACGAGAUGAACACACUGAUGCAGGGACGGGUGUAAUCACACAUAUCUGAAGAAUAUAGACAGCAGUCGGUGGCUAGAUUACCAUGAGACAAUUAUUCUUUUCGUGUUUUUGUAGUGUGUCACUUGUUUAUUGAAUCUUUGAAAAUGUGAUAAACAAUAGAAUAAUUCUAACACAU